AUCUUUUGAACAUAACAUCAACCAAAAAUGGAAUUCACUAAGCUCGUUUUCCUAGGCAUGUGUUGCAUUGCCUUAAUCUCAAUUCAUAUUUCUCUGGCCAAUGCUGAUCCAUUGGCUGAUGAAUUCGUCGAAGCACACAACAAAUAUCGUGCAGUGGAAAAUGUUCCUCCGCUUUCAUGGGACGAAACAGUCGCAGAUUAUGCUAGAAAUUAUGCCAAUUCAAAAGCUGAGACUUGUGAAAUGGUGCAUUCGCAUGGACAAUAUGGUGAAUGCUUAGCCAUGGGUAAUUACGACGUUUCACCUUCAAAGGCGGUGGAGUUGUGGGCGGAUGAGAAACAAUACUAUGACCAUGCCUCCAAUACAUGUGCCGAAGGCCAGGUGUGCGGCCACUACACUCAGGUGGUCUGGGCAAAAUCAACCCACAUUGGGUGUGCCAAGGUUCGUUGCCAGAAUGGAGGUACUUUUAUAACAUGCAACUAUGAUCCUCCUGGUAACUAUGUUGGCGAAAAACCUUUUUAGAUGUUCACCUGGGAGAGGAGUCCGGCUCCUGCUUAAAACCACAUAUAUAAAUGAAUAUUUAUUUUUCUGCUAAUUUUGAAUUUUGAUUUUAGAAUAGAAAGGAGAGGACACAUUUGUUAUUAUUAUUAAACCUCCUAUAAUUUACGUUAAUAAUGUAAUCUGUAUUGAUUGAUUCUGAAAAAAAAAAAAUAAAAAAAAUAUUUGACUUGUA